CCAACCCAGCAAGAAGAAAAGAUGGCUGCCGGAGCAAAAGCAUCGUGGAUGGUGGCGAUGAGCGUGGGCGCGGUGGAGGCGCUAAAGGACCAGGCCGGACUCUGCCGCUGGAACUACACGCUGAGAUCCAUCCACCGGGCCGCCAAGGCCAAGCUUCCGGCCUCUACGGCGGCGGUGGCAGAGCAGCAGCGAGCGCACAAGCCGGAAGAAGGGUUGAGGACGGUGAUGUACCUCAGCUGCUGGGGACCCAAUUAAUAGGUACAUCUGCUAGGUACAGGGGUUUUGCUGCAGCAAUGGCCUGCCUAUUGUAAUAUACCACCACGAGAAUGAUGAUGAUGAAAUUUUCAGUCAGUUA